CUGACAUAAAGCUGCAUCCAAAAUACCCAUCUUCCCCCUUCCGACAGAGAAAAGAAAACACCCUUCAAGCCGUGUGAAAGCAGCUUGUUGUCCACGCGCCUUAUCAACUAUACCUGCAUUCAUAUUAGACCAAAGUAUCCUGACGCACAUGGUUGCUACAGUAGCGCACAGGCUGCCACUCAAGGUGAACAUCCCCGCGGGGUCGCCCCUCCACGCAGCCGCUCUGCCUCACCCCAAAUCACACCGCCGACCACACACACACACACCUUCCCCCCUCACCCCCUUCCGGCCCCGGGGUUCUGGGGGUCCCAGCGACCCAAUCCCAAAGAAGCCAAGACCGCACACUUUCGUCGCGGCAGCAGCUGCACCCUCUUCCCCCGGCCCCGCCCCGGGUUCGAGCCCGGGUCCGGGGAGUAAUGCGGGACAUGCGGGGUCCACCACGGCGGGCGGGUCCCGUCGGGCGGGAGCUGGUCCCAUCCUUGGCCCCGCGCUGAGUGACCUGGUGGCCAGGUUUCGGAGGCUGCAAAACGGAUCAGACAUUCGUGGAAUUGCUUUGGAAGGUGUACCCAACGAGCCCGUCACUCUGUCCCCUGGUGCCGUAUUCUUCAUUGGGGUGGCCUUCGCCCGGUGGCUCCGGAGCAAGGGGCAGGGGGCGCCCAAGGUGUCGGUGGGUCGAGACCCUCGUCUCUCCGGGCCAAUUCUGGAAUCGGUCUUUGCUGCUGGGCUACUGCAGGGGGGUGCCGCGGUGGUUCAUUUGUUUGGAUUGGCCACCACUCCAGCCAUGUUCUACUCCAUAGUAUUGUCAGGUUGCUUAUGGGGCAGUUAUUAUGUACUGACGUAUGUAUUUAUGUAUGUGUACAUUUAUGUAUAUACGUACGUAAUGAUAACCGCCAGCCACCUGCCGUAUAACGCCAACGGCCUCAAGUUCUUCACCGCCGCGGGGGGGCUGGAUAAGCCCGACAUCACCGAGUUGCUUCAGCUGGCGGCGGUGGCGGCGGCUCAGGCAGGAGUGAUGUUAGGCGACCCCCUUUCCGAGCACUCCCAUCUGCUCUCCGCCGCCCUGGCCACCGACCCCUCCCGCCUCGCCCGCCUGCCCUUCCUGCCGGCCUACUCCGCCGCGCUGAGGGACCUCAUAAAGCGUGGGGUCAACUCACCAACCAACUACCACUUCCCCCUGCUGGGCUGCAAGCUGGUGGUCAAUGCGGGGAACGGAGCCGGGGGCUUCUUCGGGGAGCAGGUUCUGGCCCCCCUGGGUGCGGACGUCAGCGGAUCCGUGUUUCUGGAUCCUGACGGUACCUUCCCCAACCACCCCCCCAACCCCGAGCACCCGGCCGCCAUGGCUGCCGGGGCGGAGGCCGUGCGGGCGGCGGAGGCGGAGCUGGGCAUCGUGUUCGACACUGACGUGGACAGAUCUGCGAUUGUGGACGGAGCCGGUAGAGAGAUCAACUCCAACCGCUUCAUUGCGCUCAUGGCGGCGGUUGUACUGCGUCAACACCCCGGCACAACCAUCGUAACUGAUUCGGUAACCUCCAACGGUCUAACCAAAUUCAUCGAGCAGUUGGGCGGCAAGCACAUGCGCUUCAAGCGAGGCUACAAGAACGUGAUUGCGGCGGGUGUGAAGCUCAACUCGGAUGGCGAGGACUGCCAGCUGAUGAUGGAGACAAGCGGUCACGGGGCGCUCAAGGAAAACUACUUUCUGGACGAUGGGGCGUAUCUGGCGGUCAAGGCGAUAAUCGAGCACGUUCGUCGCCGCAACGAGGGUGCCGGCGGAAUCAGCGAGCUGCUGGCGGGGCUGCAAGAGCCGCUGGAGAGCACGGAGUGGCGCAUCCGCAUACAGCACCCGGACUUUAAAGAGGCGGGGGCAAAGGUGCUGGCCCAUUUCUACGAUCUAGUCUUGAGCGGCACCUAUCCUGACUGGCGGUUGGAGGCGGUUAACCACGAGGGCUGGCGUGUCAGUGUGGACGAGGGGGAGGGGCGCAAGGGCUGGGCGCUUUUAAGACAGAGUCUUCACGACCCGCUGCUGGUGCUGAAUGUGGAGAGCGAGGUGGAGGGAGGGGCCCAAACCACUGCAGCUAGAGUGGGGGCCUUCCUGCGCUCCGAAACCCAGAAGGGGGGCCCGGCCCUGAACCUGGGGCCACUGGCAGCCCUGCUGCCGCAGGCACCCCCGCAUGGGCAACACAGCACCCGUGUUGCUGGCACGAUGGAUCGAACACAGCACCUCGUGAUUGGCACGAUAUUGGACACAUAA